UUACUUUAAAUAUCGUGUCGUAUUGUUGUUAAGUAUAUUUGUUAGAGAAAAUAGUUAAGAUUAGGAAUAGUGUGUGCUGAGAUCGAGUGAUUUCAAGGUUGAACGAUAUUGCCGUACCGUACUCAAUAUGGUCCGUAUUGAGUGCAACCACCGACAGCAGAAGUGGCCUGCGGUUAUGUGGAAGUUACAACUGACUCUCAACAUAACAAAACACAAGACGACGCGAUACUCUGCCUUGAACUUGCUCAUAGGCGUCGAAGCGGCUACACCGCUCAUACGCAGCUUGAUACGGGAUGUAGCUCUUGAAGGUUCCAGUGGUAAUCGGGAAGCCAUUCGUGAGAUGAGUCGACAGAGAGCGUUUGAACAUAUAUGUGACAAUCAAGCCCGUCAGGACGCCUACGUUAACAGGAGACGUAAGCCAACUCAAACCUUUGAACUACACUCCUUAGUAUUUGUUCGUAAGCAGGCGCAGUCAACCGGGAAGUUAGACUCGUGUAUGCGAGGACCUUACCGGGUGGUGAAGAUACUUCCACACGGUCGCUAUGAGCUGCAGCUACUGGCUGGCUCGUAUGGCAAGUCGACUCAAGUGGCUGCGGAAUAUAUUGUUCCGUGGCGUGGAGAAUGGACCCCUGAUGUUUGUGCUGCUUUCUUUGAUGACGCAGAUACUGAAGAAGAGGAAUUAAUUGCCGGUGUCGACCUGCGUCCCGGUGUUGUACAGCCUGUGGAAGAGAUCGAGCCGCAACAAGGAGCCUCAGGAAUACAGAGAUUCUCAGAACUAGCUGCCUCCACUGUGAACGAAGAAAAUCCCCUGCUCUCCGUCCCAAUCGUGGAAACGGAUCGUGACAGUUGAAAAUAAAGAAGCCCGGGGACGGUCUUCUGUCAGGAAAGGCCGUGUAGGAAUAUAGGAGGGUAGUAGUGGGAGGAAGUGUAUUUAAAGGAGGGUGGACGUUAUACAGGUCUCUUUUUGCUAUCGUGUGUUCGGUCGAUUGGUGUCAUACUGUGUUAUUUUUGUAAUCCAUUGCGAUUAAGUUUGUUA